AGCUGCCUGCAUGGAGCUGCAGACGCAGGCAGAUGUGGUGGAAUUUCUCAUCAACCACACAGACGUCCUCUUCUGCUCCAAAUCCAGAGCAGACAUCGCAGAUGCAGCAGGGCACAAUUCUCUCCCAGGGCCCAAGUCUGUGGGGGUCUCUUCUGCUGCCACAAAGCUGCUCAGCCUGGAGGAGGCACAGGCACAGAGGCGAGGCCACAGCAGCUCUCCCCCUGUGACAGAGAGCAGCCGGGACAUGGAAGUGGAAGAAAGCCCUGCAGCUGGGCAGGGCAAAUUCCACGCCGUCAUCGACUUUCCAUCUGAAAG